AUGCCAUACAUAACACCAUCAGACAAAGAAAAAAUCCAAACAUUGAAUUAUAUUACUGGCGAUCCAGCUAUUCCAAUAAGUUUCAGAACUUGGGAAUUAUAUGAAUAUCCAUUGUUACCCGCAACUUCAAAUCAAAUUUGGGCUGUCAAAACCUCAAUACAGCUAGAGAAGCCGCGUUGGGUGAUUCUUGGAUUCCGAACAGCAAGAAAGAAUGAUUCUAAAAAGAAUUCCAGUCAAUUUGAUCAUUGCCAGAUUCGAAACAUCAAGCUAUUUUUGAAUUCUCAAAGCUAUCCUUAUGGGGACUUGAAUCUAAAUAUAAAUAACAACCAGUAUGCUUUAUUAUAUGAUAUGUACUCGAACUUCCAAACGUCAUACUACAAUAAAGAAGCAGAACCGAUAUUGACUAAGAAAAAAUUCUUACAAGAAGCACCACUUUGUGUCAUCGACUGCUCCAAACAAAACGAGGCUAUAAAAUCUGGACCAGUAGAUAUUAGAUUGGAAUUCGAAUCAUUAGCUCCAUUUCCAGCCAAUACAACUGCGUAUUGUCUAAUUAUUCACGAUCGUAUUAUUGAAUAUAAGCCUAUAAGCAACACUGUGCGAAAAUUAAUGUAA